AUGGCUGCCCAUGCGGAGAAUGUUACAUUCAGACAGUGCGCCCAUCUUGCGACACCGGACCAUGUCACUGCUGAUUUCUGUUUGAUACCUAUAGGAACUCCAACCGCCUCUGUAUCGCAGCAUAUCGCCAACAUCCAAAAAAUGAUUGCGGCAAGUGGAAUCAAGUAUUCUAUGCACUCGGCCGGCACCACACUGGAAGGAUCAUGGGAAGAAGGUACGUAA